CUUCCGGACGGCGGGCGCAGCGGAGCGGCGGCGUGGGGCGGAAGCGCGGUCUCGGGCGGCGGACUUGGAGCUUCAGGCUGAGCGGGCGGCAGCAUCAUGGAUACUGACUUGUAUGAUGAGUUUGGGAAUUAUAUUGGACCAGAGCUUGAUUCUGAUGAAGAUGAUGAUGAAUUGGGCAGAGAGACCAAAGAUCUUGAUGAGUAUGCCAACCUGCACAUCACUACUUUUUUUCCCCCCCUGCUAGAACCUAUUAUUAAGCCAGUGAAAACCAAGAAAUUCACUCUGAUGGAGCAGACAUUACCUGUCACGGUGUAUGAAAUGGAUUUCUUGGCAGAUCUGAUGGAUAACUCGGAACUCAUCAGAAAUGUGACCCUCUGUGGCCAUCUCCACCAUGGCAAGACAUGUUUUGUAGAUUGUUUAAUAGAGCAGACUCACCCGGAAAUCAGGAAGCGCUAUGACCAAGAUCUGUGCUAUACUGACAUUCUCUUCACAGAGCAAGAGAGAGGUGUUGGCAUCAAAAGCACUCCUGUGACAGUGGUCUUGCCAGAUACCAAAGGAAAAUCUUACCUCUUCAAUAUCAUGGACACUCCAGGCUACGUUUCCUCUCAUCUAAUUCCAAACUGUGUUGUGCUCUCGUGCGCUGCCCACAUGGACGAUGACGAUGACGACGAUGAUGUAGGAGACCAUGAUGAGGACCACCCUGGGAUGGAGGUCGUGCUGCACGAGGACAAGAAGUACUACCCCACAGCUGAGGAGGUGUAUGGCCCUGAGGUGGAGACCAUCGUUCAGGAAGAAGACACCCAGCCUCUCACCGCACUGGGAGACCUGGCUCCCAGCAUCAUCCGUGUGUUUAUCCGUGUCUCAGUCCUGCCAGAUGCCCUCUUCAAGGUGAUGCUGAACACCGAGCGACUGAUCAAGCACGCAGUGCAGGAGAGGCUGGCGGUCACCGUGUGCAUCAACAAGAUUGACCGGCUGAUCCUGGAGCUCAAACUGCCUCCCACCGAUGCUUAUUACAAGCUGCGGCACAUCGUAGAUGAGGUCAAUGGGCUCAUAAGCAUGUAUUCCACGGAUGAGAACCUGAUCCUUUCCCCGCUCCUGGGCAACGUCUGCUUCUCCAGCUCCCAGUACAGCAUCUGCUUCACGCUGGGCUCCUUUGCCAAGAUCUAUGCUGACACCUUUGGUGACAUUAACUACCAGGAAUUUGCUAAAAGACUCUGGGGUGACAUUUAUUUCAACCCCAAAACACGAAAGUUCACCAAAAAGGCCCCAACCAGCAGCUCCCAGAGGAGCUUUGUGGAGUUUAUCUUGGAGCCCCUUUAUAAGAUCCUUGCUCAGGUUGUGGGUGACGUGGACACCAGCCUCCCCAGGACUCUGGACGAGCUUGGCAUUCACCUGACCAAGGAAGAGCUGAAGCUGAACAUCCGCCCCCUGCUCAGGCUGGUCUGCAAAAAAUUCUUUGGCGAGUUCACAGGCUUUGUGGACAUGUGUGUGCAGCACAUCCCCUCUCCAAAGGUGGGCGCCAAGCCCAAGAUAGAGCACACCUACACCGGUGGUGUGGAUUCUGAUCUCGGCGAGGCCAUGAGCGACUGUGACCCCGACGGUCCCCUGAUGUGCCACACUACCAAGAUGUACAGCACAGAUGAUGGAGUUCAGUUUCAUGCCUUCGGCCGGGUGCUAAGUGGCACCAUCCACGCUGGGCAGCCUGUGAAGGUAUUGGGGGAGAACUACACCCUGGAGGAUGAGGAAGACUCCCAGAUAUGCACCGUGGGCCGCCUCUGGAUCUCUGUGGCCAGGUACCAUAUUGAGGUGAAUCGUGUUCCUGCUGGCAACUGGGUUCUGAUUGAAGGUGUUGAUCAACCAAUUGUGAAGACAGCGACCAUAACUGAACCCCGGGGCAAUGAGGAGGCUCAGAUUUUCCGGCCCUUGAAGUUCAACACCACAUCUGUUAUCAAGAUUGCUGUGGAACCGGUCAACCCCUCAGAGCUGCCCAAGAUGCUGGACGGUCUUCGCAAGGUCAACAAGAGCUAUCCAUCCCUCACCACCAAGGUGGAAGAGUCUGGGGAGCACGUGAUUCUGGGUACUGGGGAGCUCUACUUGGACUGUGUGAUGCACGACUUGCGGAAGAUGUACUCAGAGAUCGACAUCAAGGUGGCUGACCCUGUUGUCACGUUUUGUGAGACGGUGGUGGAAACAUCUUCCCUCAAGUGCUUUGCUGAAACGCCCAAUAAGAAGAACAAGAUCACCAUGAUUGCCGAGCCUCUUGAGAAGGGCCUCGCCGAGGACAUAGAGAACGAGGUGGUCCAGAUCACUUGGAACAGGAAGAAACUGGGAGAAUUCUUUCAGACCAAGUACGAUUGGGAUCUGCUGGCUGCACGUUCCAUCUGGGCUUUCGGCCCUGAUGCCACCGGCCCCAACAUCCUGGUGGAUGAUACCCUGCCCUCUGAGGUAGACAAGGCUCUUCUUGGUUCAGUGAAGGACAGCAUCGUUCAAGGUUUCCAGUGGGGAACCCGGGAGGGGCCCCUCUGUGAUGAGCUGAUUCGAAAUGUCAAGUUUAAGAUCCUCGAUGCAGUGGUUGCCCAAGAGCCCCUGCACCGGGGUGGGGGCCAGAUCAUCCCCACGGCAAGGAGAGUCGUCUAUUCUGCCUUCCUCAUGGCCACUCCUCGCCUGAUGGAGCCUUACUACUUUGUGGAGGUCCAGGCCCCUGCGGAUUGUGUCUCUGCUGUGUACACUGUCCUGGCCAGGCGCAGGGGGCACGUGACUCAGGAUGCACCCAUCCCAGGCUCCCCUCUCUACACCAUCAAAGCUUUCAUCCCUGCCAUUGAUUCUUUUGGCUUUGAGACUGAUCUGCGGACUCACACCCAAGGGCAGGCCUUUUCCUUGUCUGUCUUCCACCAUUGGCAGAUUGUACCUGGCGAUCCUCUGGACAAGAGCAUUGUCAUCCGCCCCCUGGAGCCACAGCCUGCUCCUCACCUGGCCCGGGAAUUCAUGAUCAAAACCCGUCGCAGGAAGGGCCUGAGUGAGGAUGUAAGCAUCAGCAAGUUCUUCGAUGAUCCCAUGUUGCUGGAACUCGCCAAGCAGGAUGUUGUGCUCAAUUACCCCAUGUGAGUGCUGGGACUCCUGGCAGCCCUGCUCCCUGCAGCGGGCUGUAUCCUGGACUUGAAGCUGGGACCUGGUGUGACCCGGACUCCAUGUUGUCAGAGAGCGUCUGAGAGCUGCUAUGGCCAUUUUUAACAACCCCAAACCCUCCAACCCAGAGUCCCAGCAAGGGAGGAGUAUUUGGCCUCCUAGUUCCUCUGCGGCCUCUGCCUGGCUCCAUUCCCAGGGAACAGAGUGGAGCUUGGACUCCGAGAAGAAGAAGGGGAUGAAGUGUUUAACCCCAAGGGGCCCUGUCUUCAGGAUUUACAUGGAAUUUUUUCUUUUUCUUUUUUUUUUUUUACAAGUUUGACCUUAGACAUGGUUUUUAAGUGAACAGAACACUCUGACCUCUGCCUUGCUCUGUUCCUUUCAUCCCCACCCCCGUCCCCUUCCCUCCAGCACAGUCUGGCCCUGGUACUUGGGUUCUGAAUAUAUGUUGUCUCCUGUGUCUCUUC